GGGUGAUAGUUAAACUUAUAAGAGACCCGAAUUUUUUCUUCUUCUUUCAACCUUUAAAGGCGAUAAGGUGGACCUGGAACUGCUGAAUCCCCCUGCGACGGCUAUUUUCGACAGUCGGCGAGGAUACACUGGCAUCCAUUGUAUGAGCCCGGACGACGCCCCUUAUCCGUACAUCUCACUGAAACUGAGCGAAAAUCUUUGAAUACCUCUACAGAUACGGUUAACGAGGUGGGAUCUUACUUGGACCAGUGUGGUGUUUUCCUGGCUAUCAAACGACAGAAACUGGCAUGCCUGCGAACGGAAUGGGAUCCAACGAAACCCCGGAGUUAUGCCAUCCCGAGUCUCGGGUACUCAUCAUCAUGACUGGCGGGACGAUCUGCAUGCAGCCCACUCCAGACGGUUUACAACCCAUCGGCGGAUUCAUUGCGAACGCCAUGGCUCCGCGCCCAUCUUUCAACGACAAGUCACCGUCAGUCCCCCUCGAGGCUUCCAAGGGCAGUCAAAAGGUCGUGCUCGACAGUUUGCGGACGCCGCCAAGUACCUACUCCCGCCAUGUCCGAUAUGGUGUGAUGGAGUUCUCCCCUCUCCUGGACUCGAGUUCAAUCUCGUCCGCAGGCUGGACUGAGAUUGCUCAGACGGUCAGGGAGAACUACCGGCUCUUUGAUGGGUUCGUCAUCCUCCAUGGCACGGAUUCCCUAUCAUAUACAGCGUCUGCCCUGUCAUUCAUGAUGUCAGACUUGGGCAAGCCUAUCAUUCUCACUGGAUCACAAGCCCCGAUAUUCAACCUGCAGUCGGACGCAGUGGAUAACCUGUUGGGAUCUCUGAUUAUUGCGGGGACUUUCGUCAUUCCGGAGGUGUGCAUAUUUUUCCACCACAAUCUCUACAGAGGGAACCGGACCACGAAGAACUCUGCAGUCAAUUUCGAUGCAUUCGCCAGUCCCAACUGCGAGCCGCUCGCCAAGAUGAACGGACUCGGCAUCGACGUGAAUUGGUCCUUGAUUCUCCGUCCCACCAGGAUUGCGGAGCUUGAAGUCGCCCAGCACCUCGACACGGCCCAUGUGGCCUGUAUCCACAUCUUUCCAGGAAUCAAGCCGGAGAUGCUCGACUCGGUUCUUCGUGCCCCGAACUUGCGUGGCCUUGUCCUCCGAACAUUCGGCAUGGGCAAUGCCCCGGGCGGCGUGGACGGCAGCCUCACGAAAGUGAUAAAGUCAGCCAUCGACAGAGGCAUCAUCGUGGUCAACGUUAGUCAGUGUCUGGACGGCUUCGUGUCCCCCCUCUACGGGCCCGGCACUGAGCUGGGUAGAGCCGGCGUGAUUUUCGGGUACGACCUCACCACGGAGGCUGCGCUCACCAAGCUAUCGUAUCUCAUGGCACUGCCGAACCUGACAAUCGCCGAGGUCAAAGCUAAGAUGUCCCGGUCGCUCCGCGGCGAGAUGACCGAGCUCAAGCGUCCAGUCUUCUCGCACCCCGGAUCUUCUUUGGAGACGGCUAUAGCUCGUCUCUCCGUGAACGAAUCGGCAUUCACUGCUCUAGGGUGCGCUAUCCGCGACGGACAUGGCGAAACUGCCAAGCAGAUACUCGACAGCGACGACGUCGGGUCCAACCAACCGCUCCUAAAACACGCCGAUUACGCAGGGAACACCGCCGUGCAUCUUGCUGCCGUCGGGAGGGCGGAGAUACUUCGAGAGCUUCUCAGCAGGGGGGCGAGCGUCCAUGUGAGGAAUCGGGCCAACAACACGCCCUUAUUUCUGGCAGAAAGGGUCGAGGACAAUGAGGAGUGUGUUCGGCUGUUGAAGGAAGCAGGAGCUCAUUUGUGGCAGAAUGAAGCCCAGAUUAUAGGUACUGACAGGGCCGGAUGAGAGAUUCAUGUCUCUUGUCAGAAGGAGUAGGCGGCGUACCGGGGCGGUACUUUUGGUUCCUCGAGUCGGUUCUUAGGGUAAUUACAUGUCAUGUGUGUUGAACAGACCGUAGUUUUACGGUUACGUAACGGGCACGGAUUUGACCGAUAUGCGGGAUGCCGCUACUUGUCCCGUAUUAAUUAGUUCCCCGAGGUCAGCGUCAAAACGCAUGCCGCUACGCGGCUAUCCCAUCAAUGAAAGG